AUGAGAGGUCUUGUCUCACUUGCUUGGGGCAGGCUUGCCACCGCCCUGUUGCUGGUGUUUGUCCACCUCAACUUGGCAGCUGCCCUUUCAGUCCCCAGGUAUUCCGAACUUGAGGCUCGGACUCGGGCCGACUUGGACGCCAAUACUGUGAGAAGGGAGCUCGGAAGCCGUCUUUCACCCGGCACGCUCAUCUUCGGACCUAGCGAUGGAAAGUUCCCUGCUACCACAGCAAGAUGGAACACAUUUGCCCCCCCACAGAUCCAGGUUGUUGUUCAACCUGCAAGCGAAGCAGAUGUGGCCAAGAUUGGAGACCAGGUGCAAUACUGCAAUGCCAACGGCAUCGAUUUUCUGGCCACUAAUGGCGGCCACGGGAAUAGUGCCAGUUUGGGAACCUUCGCUGGCGUUCAAAUUAGCAUGGCAUUGCUGAGAACCAUUACCAUCCAGCCGAAUAAAAAGUCUGCUUGGUUCCAAGGUGGUGUCUACGGCGGCUUGGUCACCAAAUACCUCUGGGAACGGGGUUUUGUCACAACCACCGGUUCCUGCCUCUACGGCAUGGUGGUAGACAACGUCCUCCAGCUCAACGUCGUCCUCGGCGACGGCAGAGCCAUCCGCGUCAGCCCGACAAGCAACUCAGACCUCCUCUGGGGCAUGAAAGGCGCCGGCCACAACUUUGGCAUCGUCACCUCCUUCGAACUCAACAUCUUCCCCCGCGGCCCCGACACCUGGCACUACCACAACUACAUCUGGACCGGCGCCCAGCUCGAAAGAGUCUUCACCUCCCUCAACCGCCUCCACAACAACGGCUCAACACCGGUAAACAUGGCCCUCAAUUUCGGCUUCUUCUUCAUGAACACCACCGUCUCCACCACCGACCCGAUCCUCUCCUGGACAUUCGCCUACCGCGGCCCGGCCAACGAAGCAGAGGCCCUCCUGGCCGAAUUCAACGCCAUCCCAUCAGUCUACAACGAGCAAGGCGACGUGCCCUACAGCGGCGUCUCCAAAGUCCAAGGCAACGCCGAAGACGACUUCAUCUGCCAAAAAGGCAACAAGCGCAUCACCACCACCGCCGGCCUCCAAGUCUACAACCUCACCGCCGAGCGGCUCAUCUACAACGGCUUCCGCGCCCGCGCCAUUUCCCAUCCUACCCUAGCCGCCGGCGCGGGCAUCCUUCACGAGGGGUACUCUACCGCCGGUGUUGGCGCCAGGAACCCGGCUGAUACCGCGUACCCCUUCCGGUCUGACCACCAUCUGAUGCUCUUCAACGGUGUCGUCCCGCCAAACGAUCCUGUUCUCGAGGAACUGGCGUGGGAGUGGGCGAAUGAGGUGAAGGAUAUGUGGAAUGCGGGGCAGCCGACGCGGACGGAAAACAACUAUGUCAACUAUGCCAAUGGGUACGAGGACUUGGAGACGGUGUACGGGCGAGAGCCGUGGAGAUUGGCGAGGUUGAGGGCGCUGAAGCAAAAGUAUGAUCCGCAGAACAAGUUUAGGUUUUACAACCCUAUUGUCGAGCCGAGAGAGGGCAAGGGUAAGGGUAAAGGGAAAGGAAAGGGAAAGGGGAAGAGGAGGUCGUUUCAGGGGUAA